GACAACACACGGACAUUAUGUGACGUCAUUAUGGCCUGGUUGGGUUAGGUUUGCUUGGAAAUUUUUGUUAAAUACCUUGUAUUUUAGUGUAUUAUAUGUUGUGCUACUUAUUUUAGAAUAGUAAUAUAAAUACCUCAAAUAGUAGCAGUAAUCCUGGUGCCAAGAAGUGAUUCGGCGACAUUUUGUGGCGAAAAUGAAUCGCCAUGAAGGAGUCAGCUGUGAUUCUUGUUUGAAAAAUAAUUUUAGAGGACGACGAUACAAAUGUUUGAUAUGCAUCGACUACGACCUGUGCGCUGCUUGUUACGAAUCCGGCGCCACGACAAACCAGCACACAACAGAACACCCCAUGCAAUGUAUUCUGUCCAGAAGUGAUUUUGACCUCUACUAUGGCGGAGAGAGCCUCGCAUUGGAACAGCCACAAGCAUACACAUGUCCAUUCUGCAAUCGCAUGGGAUUCACGGACGCAGCGCUCAUGGAGCAUGUCACUGCCGAACAUGCAGACACUUCUCUGGCAGUGGUGUGUCCGGUGUGCGCGUCGCUGCCGGGCGGGGAGCCCAACUUUGUGACGGACGACUUCGCCGGCCACCUCACGCUCGAGCACCGGACGGGCCCCAGGGAUCUCAUCUCAUUUUUGGACGAGCCAAGCGGGAUCCGGCACGGCGGAAUGCGCCGCAUGCCGCCCACAGGCCGCGGGGUUGGUCGCACGAGGCGCACCAACAUGCACUUCAGCACGAGCGGCGGCAUCGCGUCGCUGUCGCCGUCGUCGCGCGACGCGGUGGUGGACCCCAUCGCGGAGCUGCUGUCGCAGCUGUCGGGCGUGCGGCGCGGCGCGCAGCCCGGCACGCCCAGCCAGCUGCAGCAGCUGCAGAUGCAGCUGCAGCUGGAGCGCCAGCAGGCCACGGCCGCGCGCCAGCAGCUGGAGCGCCUCCCGCGCCGGCCCGCCGCCGCCGCCGCCAGCGCGCCGCCGCCCGCGCUGCAGCCCGCCGCGCAGCCGCCGCCGCAGCCCGACGCGCCCGACGACCACUUCCUGCUCGCCAGCUUCCUCGGUGCCACGAACGGCACGGACAGCGCGGAGACGGAGAGCCGCGCGGCGCUGCUGCGCGGGCUCAUGCUGGCGUCGCUGGGGCGCGCGCCGCCCGCGCCGCCACCCGCGCGCGCGCCCGCGCCCGCCCCCGCGCCCGCGCCCGCGCCGCCGCCCGCGCAGCCGCGCGCCAAGCCGCAGCCGCGCACCAAGGCGCCCGCGCCGCCCGACCCGCCCGCCGUGCCCGCGCGCCCGCGCCCCGUCUGACCGCCGGCCGGCGCCGCGCUGCGCUGCCGUGUACACAUAGUGAGCGGCGAGUGAGCGCGCCGUCGCCCGCUCGCCGCCCGGUCUCCGGCCUCCGGUCUCACUGACUUGGUUUUUUUGCUAACACUUUAUUAGUGGACGCUUAUGUUUGUUUUGUUGGCUUUCGAAAUAUCAGUGUGAUUUUCCUUUAUAAUAAAUAGAGAAUACUUAAAUAGUUAUGGAAUGUUUUAAUCGAUUUUUAAUAAAAUAUAUAAGGUGAUGACAGGUCGCGCGCGACGUUCAGCCGCGACGCUCGAGUGCGAGAGGAGUCGCCCCGACCGUUACCGCCGCCGGCACCGCCAGCAGUAUUGACAUAUUAUUGUUUUUGAGAUUAAGUUAUACGUCACAUGUUACGCUAGUUGAAUAUAUUUAAUACGUGUAUUUUUGUAAGAGCCGACAUCUCGACUUUGCUACUUGGACUCCUCUCCGAAGUUGUAAUAAUGUUUAGUAAAUUUUAUUAAAAGAAGCUGAUUCUACACUCGAAUUGUCACUUGCUAUCCAAAAAUGCUUAUUAGUUUGGUCAUAUACUCCAACAUUACAAAAAGUUUGUAUGUACCCUAAUUAAAUUCUAUAAUAUUAACAUAA